AUGCAAGAUACUAAAGAAGAGGGAAAUGGUGGUAAUAAGAAAGUGCAUUUAGAUACAAUAUUAGUGGAGGAGAUCGGUCAGUUUGGUCCGUAUCAGUUGAGGACUGUGGCCCUUUCAGCUCUAGUUGUGUUGUUUAUCGGUUGGAGUGCCAGCGAGUACAUUUUCACAGCUGCCAGAAUUAAUACGAGGUGUUUUAUACCGGAAUGUGAAACGAGAGAAUUUCAAGAAUUUUCCCCAGAAUGGGUGCUAAAUGCAAUACCGGCUAGUGGAAGCUCAUUUGAUAACUGCCAACGCUAUCCUAAUGUUACCAUUGCUACUGGUCCAAAUGAUACUUGCCCGAAGGAUUUCUUUGACCGGAACAAUGUGGUGCCUUGUGAAGAAUUUGUUUAUGAAAAUACGCACUCUGUAGUGUAUGAUUACGAUCUGGCAUGUGACGAAUGGCGGCGGACCUUCAUCGGCUCCAUCAGGAACCUUGGCAACUUCAUAGCGCUCCCGAUCACCGGCUACGUGUCGGACAGGUGGGGCCGGCGCCUCCUGCUCACCGUGAGCGCUGUGAACGCAGCUGUGCUGGGUGUGCUGAGAUACUUUGCCAAUACAUACAUUGGUUUCUUUAUAUCGCAAGUCGCGGAAUCCACGUUCGGGUCUGGAGGGUUCUCAUGUGCUUAUAUUCUUAUGAUGGAAAUCGUCGGACCGAAGUACCGAGUAGCAGCUGGCGCAACUAUGAACACAUUCUAUGCCGUCGGCCAAGUAACUUUAGGCUUUAUCGUGUGGGCUCUACCUAAUUGGAGGAAAUUAACACUAGCCAUCUACAUCCCACAGUUUGUCACUAUCAGCUAUUUCUGGAUUCUAUCUGAAUCUAUCAGGUGGUACUUAAGUAAAGGAAGAUACGCAGAUGCUGAAGAAAUUUUAAAGAAAGCAGCCAAAGUAAACGGAAGAGAGUUAUCAGAGAAAUCUUUAGAAGCAUUACGGCUCACUGUCGAAGAAGAAAAGGUAAAAGCAGCGGCUAAAACAAAUGAGCCUUGGUUAGUGUUGCAAGUUAUUCGUAACAGGCAAAUUUUAAUACGAACGGUGGUGUCUCCCAUAUGGUGGGUAACGAUGACUUUAGUUUACUAUGGGUUAUCGGUAAAUGCAGUGAACAUAAGUGGCAAUAUGUAUCUGAAUUAUGUAGCGGUUUCGGCGGUGGAGAUACCAGGGUAUUGGAUGGCGGUGUUUCUAAUGGAAAGGGUCGGGAGGAAGCCAGUACUCAUGGGCGCGUACUGGGUGUGCGCGGCUUGUCAGAUUGCGUACAUCUUUAUGCCUGAUGAACUCUUCGGCGUGUCCCUAACAGUGUACCUGAUAGGCAAGUGCUGUAUAUCCAUGGUGAUCACAUCUCUGUACGUGUACACCGCAGAGCUGUACCCGACGAAGUACCGUCACAGCCUCUUUGCAUUCUCGUCUAUGAUUGGUAGACUGGGUUCUAUCACAGCGCCGUUGACUCCUGCUAUGGGUGCAGCAAUUUGGGACGACUUUCCGUACGCGCUGUUCGCUGGGUUUGCGCUGGUCUCUGGUUUCCUGGUCCUUAUCACACCAGAGACCCUUGGCACCAAGCUGCCUGAUACUAUGCAGGAAGCCUCUGACAUCGGCAACACGUCUACUUCGUGAUAUUAAUAAAAAUAUAAA